AUGCAAUCCCGAAUCGCUUAUCGUGAUCCCGUAGGCCCGCCUUUCACAUUUCCGCAAGACUUUGAGACCCCGAUCACUCAGAAUGCACAGCCACCGGAUUCAUUUCUGCGGCAGCGUCAGCACUCAACACAGGGGCCUAAGAAUGUGCAAGGGCGCUACAGUAGCACACGCCAUCACGGCCAGUCUACGUUUGCUUGCGAAAUGGAACUCGAAUUCAACCCACCCCAGCAUCAGCUUCGGCGUAAGACGCCCAGCGGCACGAUAACUGAUGGAUAUGAUGGGUCACUAGCACCAUCGAUUCCUGGGCCACCACCACUGAAGCAGUUAAUAGUGCCGGGGAGUUCCUUUGGCACAUUGGCCAUCCGGGAAUCUGUUUCCACUGCGACAGGUAGCCCAGUGUCAAAGGAGCAUAUGAGGACCGAUCUGGAUCAUGUGCAGUCGCAUAACCUUCGUGACCCUCACGCACGACUUCAUACAAGAUCCUCUCCAAACCAUAAUAAAACCGUGACAACAUUUUCCUCGUCAAUCUAUUCUCUGCCACACACUCCCCAGGCCCCCAUGCUGAUGGGCAUAUCGAAGACCGGACGGACGCGCCCAUCAGAUGCUGGAAUUCCUGGAGGUCCAGCACAUGUUAAUACGUUCCAGUAUUCCAAGGAGAUCCGACGGGGUGGUCUCAGUUACCCUUUACCACACGGUGUCUCUCGGUCACCCAGCUUUUUCUCGUUCGCAGGCCAUAAUGCUCUUUCCAAUUUUCAGGAUGCCCCUCUAUUAUCAACACAUCUAAAACUUGCUACCCUCUCGCUCAGCCCCCGCGGACGUAUUGUAUAUGAACACAUUGGGCCAAAAUCCCGAUCGAUUCCGUCAGAAGAUCUUGACUGA